AUGUGGGCAUCUUCUGGGCUGGAGCAUAUAAGAAGACAAUCAAGCUUCUCGGACUUCAAAGACCUUGUGGCUUCGCUACUGCAGCAGCAAACGGAAGUGGGGCUAGCAGCGAUGAUUAUGUGGUCUAUCUGGUCACAAAGGAACCAGGUUCGGCUUAGACAACCUUCCACAUCACUCCAACAGAUCGUCCAACUCUUAAAGGACAGGUAUAGUGAAUUCCUAAACUGUCAGGUACCUACAACAGUGAGAGCAGCCCGUGUCAAGAAGAGAUGGAAGACUCCACCAGCGGAUUUGGUGAAAAUAAACUUUGAUGGUGCGACUUGCUCAGGCACCAACAAGUCAGGUCUCGGCGUGGUCAUCAGAGAUAGCAUGGGUCAAGUUUUGGCAUCCUGUUCCAAGGUGGUCAAUCAAGCGCACGAUAGCAGUGAAGUCGAAGCUAUGGCAACAGGCCUAGCGCUGUCUUUUGCUACAUAA